AUGCCUAUUGGUUUCAUAAAUGAUUAUCAAGUUUCACAGAUUUUACUUGAUGAUAUACAGAGUAUGUCUGAAACUUCAGUAUCAGAUUCUGAACGCUUUUCAUAUUCUGAAUUUGAUACACAAUCAUUUAAGUUGGUCAUACAUCUUGCUGCCAAUAGCUCUACUGGUGGCUAUUCAUCCUUAAAUUUGCCCAGUGAAGUACAAUGUUCAGAUAUCUGA